CUGUUUUCUGUUGCCUUGGCUGCAGUCGCCGGCGGUGAGGUGAUCCAAAUAGCAUCGCCGCUCAAUUCCUUUGAUCCGCCCGCCUACUGAACGGCGCCGGCGGCGAUGGGUAGCGGAACCUCAUAGUACGAAUCACGUCUUCCAAUCUCUUACAUGGCCCGGCCGAUAACGGACAGUUGGCCGGCGAUGGCCCGCCGCACCACUCCCAUAUUCUCCCUAUGUAGGGAGAGAGAGAGAGGGUUGAGUUAUGAUGCGGCGGCCGAAAUGUGCUGGCCGUCAAUCGGUUGGAAACCGCAAAUUGGCAAUUUUACACGGCGGGAAAAUGAGGAUUGGAGUCGCAGUUGCCGAGAUUAGCUAGGGUUUUGGUGUGUUCUUCGUGUUGCAGUCGAGAACGUCCCGCUGAAUGGAAUGCUAAAUUUGGGAUUAGCUGCACCCACCUCUUUAUCUUGUUCGAAGAAGGCAUCAUAUCUUACUGGUUGAUUUGAUGUGAAGCUUAUCUAGUUUUUCUCACCUUGAACACGUUGCUCGCUUUCUUGAUUCUUCAUCAUGCCAUUCCAGAGAAGUAGAAGAAGGAGAGACGUCUGGAUUCCUCAUCAUCUCUGGCCAGGUGUGUCUCUCAGAAUUGAUCAUGACCGUUCAAUAUUUCUGCAUUUUGGUAAAUGAAACUGUUGCUAUAGGAUGUUAACUAGUUUCUUCGAUCCUCCUGACGAAUUGAUGUCAUUCAUGAAAUUGGGUUUCUUGAGGGGGGUGAAGAUACACUAAUCCAAUCCUUUUGUGGCAGUAAAGUUGAUGGAAGUAUGCCAUCAACUUGAAGUGCUUUUGCUGUUUGUUGGUGUGGUUUCGGUAGGACUAGUUGCGACGUUGUUGAUUCCAUAUGAUACUAAGGGCUGUGAAUUGACAGAGAGCAUAGCAAGUACAAAACAUGACAAGCUUCACGAAGAACGCCUGAAACGAUCUACAAGCUCAAAUUCCUUUCCGCAGCAGUGAACGAAAUUUCAGGCAGGGCAUCACUAUGAUUCCACCUUGUUUCCCCCUGAUUUUGUGGAUAAUUCAGUCUCUAGUUUCUAGAAUUCAUUGCUGUUAUGUGUUUCAGUUUGAGACAUUAGUUAUUAGCUUGUCAGAUGCAAAGAAGAUGCAGUAAGUUCGCUUCUUCUGUCAUGAGAAUCGAUCAAGUUUUGUCUGGAGAAACUCUUCCUACUCCCAAACAGACUUGCAAAGUGGUAUCCAGUAGUUAUGAUGGCAGCUUUCAUAAUUUGAGGAAUGAUUGGUUCUGUGGUAUUAUUGUGGCAGACCCCUACUCAUGUGCUCCACUUAGAAGAGAUGAUACGUGAAGAGUAAGGGCUGCACUAAUUUUCCAGAUGCUACUUUCUAUUCAUUAUCUGAUUGCUGUUUGUUUGUCCAAGUUGACAGGAUGUCUGUUUCCACUGCUCUGUGCUUAGUGAAGUACAAUUUGUGGCUGGCUGGCCAUGCCACAGUCAACAAUGGCGUUUAGCAUCAAGUCUCCAUAGUCUAAAGUAAGAAAGUGGAGUUAGUGAGUUGGUGUACUCAAAUUUAAAAAGCUUCUUUAUGAGCUUUCUUAUAGUUUUGUCUCACAACCACGGAAUGUAGUGUGGUGACUGGUGAUUGCUUGCCUCGUCCAUUAAUUGUAUAGCCAGAGGUUUCACAGUAAUAAAGUUCAUUUCGUGGUGAGCCUUUAUUGUCAGAGGUGGUAGGGCAGUGGAGGACAAGAAAUGUUGCCACCAAGUCACCAAGUCACACUUUACUAGGGCGGUGAAAGAGCUUGGGUCGCAUAGCACGGUUUUGAUUUCCAUCCCCUCCCUUGCAUCAUCAUCAUCAUCAUCACAUUCACACGUGCUACAAGACCAAACCCCUCACGCAGCUGGCUGGACCGUUAAAUUGCUGAGGUUUUCUUCCCCAAGGGAGGAGCUUUCUUUCAUUGCAGGGUUGCUGGUUCAACUGGAACAGGGCAAAAGAAGAAGAAGAAGGAGAAAGAAGAGAAGAAAAUCUGGCGGAGAUGGCCAAGAUGGCUGACCAAACGGCAGGAGGUUACAGUGUGGAUGGAGCGAUCAUGUCAAUGGGGUUUGGACUCUUCCAAACCCUAAUGUGCUUUUAUGCUGGGAUGGGAUGGGUUUCAGAGGCAAUGGAGAUGAUGAUUCUGUCGUUCAUUGGCCCAGCUGUGAAGUCCGAGUGGAAUCUCAGCCCUGAUCAGGAGACUGUUCUAACCGUUGUGGUUUUCGCCGGGAUGCUUGUUGGUUCCUAUCUCUGGGGUUUCCUCUCUGACAAAUUUGGAAGAAGGAAUGGGUUUCUGUUCACAGCAAUAGUGACCUCUCUAGCCGGGCUCUUCAGCGCACUUGCUUGGAACUAUUACGUGCUGUUAGUUGCUCGUUGUGUUGUUGGUAUGGGGUUGGGAGGUGUGCCGGUGGUCUUCACCUGGUUCUUGGAGUUCAUACCAGCACCAAGCAGAGGGCAAUGGAUGGUUGCUUUCAAUCUGUUCUGGACUCUUGGAGCCAUUCUUGAAGUUGGAUUAGCAUGGAUCGUUAUGCCGAGACUAGGAUGGAAGUGGCUCGUCGGUCUGUCAGCAGCUCCCUCGUUCCUUCUCCUUGUGUUUUACUACUGGACCCCGGAGUCGCCAAGGUACCUAUGCCUCAAGGGCAGGAAAGAUGAAGCUUUUAAGAUCAUGGAGAAAGUGGCGAGAUGCAACAAAAAGAGCCUGCCUCCUGGCAUUCUGCUCACCGACCAUGAAAUUGAGCAACAAGAGCAAGUCCAUUCUGCUGAUUCGGUCCCCCCAGCAUGGGAAGAUUCCAACUUGGGACUCGUCAAGACACUGCGCCUGCUGCUCUCUCGCCAGCUAGCCCGCUCCACGGUGCUAUUAUGGAUCAUAUUCUUUGGGAACGCGUUUUCCUACUAUGGCCUUGUUCUGCUUACCACUCAGCUGAACCGCAGCAAUCUGUGCCAUUCAAGUGUGCCGAAAUCAGGAGGCUCUAGUGCUGGUAUAGAUUACAAGAACGUUUUCAUCGCCACUCUAGCAGAAUGCCCGGGCGCCAUUGCAGCCAUUCUUUUGGUUGAUAGAAUUGGCCGCAAGUAUUCCAUGGCAGGUUUGCUGUUAGUUUGCAGCAUCUUCGUGCUGCCAUUGGUUGCACAUCAGUCUUCUAUGGUUACCACGAUUCUUCUGUUUGGUGCUCGUAUAUGCAUCACCGGUUCUUUCGCAAUCGCCUUUGUCAUGGCUCCAGAGCUAUACCCGACAUCUGUAAGGUCAACCGGGUUUGGAAUCGCGAGCUCCAUGGGAAGGAUCGGUGGCAUAACUGCUCCAUUUGUGGCGGUGAGCUUGACAGAAAGAUGCAGGCAGCGGGAAGCUGUGCUGCUGUUCGUCGGUAUAGUUAUUAUAGCAUUGGUUGCGACGCUGUUGAUCCCUUACGAUACCAAGGGGAUCGAGCUGACGGAGAGCAUAUCCAGCACCAAGAACGAAACACAGGAUUCCGGUGCUGUCAAGCCUCCUCGUCGUCAAGAGGCCUAACAUAGUACUCUACUAGGAUUCGUACUGUUUUAUAGUAUAGUACAGGAGAUGAGUGUUUGCCUUUGUUUGGGAGGCAGGAGUAUCAUCUAGAUUAUUAGCAGGAGUUGGUCUGCCAGAGAAAUAAAAGCACUGAAGGAGGCAUGAAGCAAGUUGCAGCAAAUGGAGGUCAGAGGUUUGUUAGAUCACCACAUGCUGGCUUCUCAACUUCCAAUAGAAGGGAUCAGGAUUCAGAAGUCUUCUUCCUCUUCAGUUUCUUCCCAUGUUGAAUUUGGAACCUUGUACUUUAUAUUAUCAGCAGGAGAAACAUGUCUGUCCAUGGUUGUCGCUGACAGUCCUGUUUUUAUUAGGCCUGUCAGGGAAUCCCACCCUCCCCGAGGCUGGCUGAAAAUUGGAUUGGUGGCUGAAGUUAUAGUAUUAAUACCAAGUAACUUCUUCAGUUUACUUUGUGUGACAGCUAUGUUCAUGUACACGUUUGAGGUUAACAUAAUAAUGCUUAUAAAUAGUGAUUUAAGUAUGUCAUCCAUGGUUGUGAACUUGUGAUUCUUUUUUCUUGACUAGCUUGGGGGUAGGGGUGUGCAACGAUAUCGGACUGCAUCGUACCAAGCCGAUGCUUGGAUCGAAUCAUACUAAAUAUAAUAUAAUGUAAUUCUGGUUUUUGAUCUCAUGAAUUUUAUAAAUUCCGAAGAAAAAUGAAACGAACUGAUAUUCAG